AUGGGAAAUACUAUAUCUAAUUCUACUACCGAUCUAAAUCAACGCCUCGUAAACUCCGGUUCGUCAUCGGGAGCUUCAAGUACUACAGUUUCUGGCGGUUCUAGUGAUUCUGGCAGCAUAAGAUCAGCAACAUCAACAGCAUCCCAAGCCAGUAUUGUCUCACGGAUUAGUCUACCACCAGAUCCGGAUAUUGAAGGAGCAAAAAAAGCGUAUGAAGAUCAACGGUUUGCAAGUACUAGGAUGGUGAAGUUUUUAGAAGCUGAUACGGAUGCGCUUCGUGCCCCACUUCCACCUAUUCCCUUCGAGCCUAGUGAUUUUACUAAUAGUGGUGCUAAUCCGGCUCAAUAUCACCUGUCUCUGAAACAUGAUCCUGAUUGGUCGCUUAACAUUGUGGAGCUUGAUGGUGAGACGUAUACUGUACUAGCUGGUUGUGGUUGGAAGUUCUUAUACCAAUUAGCUCCAAUGUUCUUCUUGGCCGUAUUUCUAGUGCUGAUCUUUCCGCACUUUGCUGGCCUGUUACAAAGAACAACGAAUGGUUGGUUUAGGGACGCAAUUCCAUCAGGAUGGGGUGCGUCUAGUGAUGCGAUUAUUGCUAGUAAGAUAAAGACCUUUAUUUGGAAACCGGUAUCUAUAGGCAUGGUUAUUACACUGGUUGGGUUUGGGUUAAUAACAACGAUUUUGGGUGCAUGUAGCAUUUGUAGUGGCUUCUUUUCUAUUACGCGGGGGCCAUGGAGUACGCGUAGUAAUAUGUGGGGACCCUACCGGUUUGUCUUGAUGAUGGUUACUUGUUUAGUGGUGGGGAUUAUUGCUUCGUUCUUCUCGCGCAUGUUAGUCUGUCAGCAGAGUGAAGAUAUUACUAUGAAGUGGCUAAGUGAUGAGACGAUGAUGAUAUUGAUGAUACUCCUUUAUAUCGCCACUAUUAUAAUGAUGCUAAUCUGUAUGAUAUGCUGGCUCUUUGAGUUGUUCAAGGACGACGUUAAGAUGAAGAAACGGUAUAUUCUUGGAGGGUUCUGUUGCUUGUUUUUAUUGGGGAUUGUGGUCCUUGUGACAAUUGAUGCGUGGUCGUCUUUAUGCGUGGCGAGUAAGUUGCCAGUUGGAGUAGGGGCUGACCAGGCAGUUGCUGAUCAGAUGCGAACGGUAUUCCAGAAUAUUCCUGGUCUUUCGAUCUUAAACUCCUAA